AAUAUAGAUCUAGAAGUUCUAAGACGGACCAACGUUAAAGUGAAUCUUGAAAGUAGUGAGAUGUUUGCUCAGGCCCCUUGCCCUGAAAGAUGUUCGUGCUAAUGGGACUGGUGUGUUGUUUUUGAAGAUUCUGGCGAGAUGCAAAUGACAAAAGUAGUGUCCUUGUGAGUGAAGAGAUCAAGUGGCUGAAGUGGACGACGUAGCUCUAGGUCUAGGCCUAUUCUUUCUUGAUUAACUUCCCUGUCCGAUUGUGGACGUCAAGAAUCCAAGCAUGGUGGAAGUUCACUGCGGUUUUCUCACAGUCAAGAUUUCGGGACUUUUGAGGGCCAAGUCGUACCCCAAUUUCUAUUGCGUACUGUACUCUGGCAGAGGCAAUUGGGCGCCACGGAUUGACCUGUAUGAAAACAAAGAGGCUUCACGGCCCCCUGGGAACUGCAAAAAAUCUCUCUUCAUAGAAGACGCUAAAUGGAUUCCUGUUGAUGUUGUCGAUCCUGCCUUUGCUUUAGAUGUUAAGGGCAAGACUUGCACAUUCUUCACUGCCUCUCAAAAAGAACGAAAGUACUGGGCAGUAGCUCUGUGUUGCCUGAGUGGGAACUUGUUUGACACAAGACAUAUUGUGUAUCCGUCACUAGGCAUGAAAUCAGACAAAGUCAGUCACUUAGAUGAAGAAUAUGUGGUGGAGCAGAAUGUCCUCUACUCAUCAAGUCCAGCCUCAUUUAUCAAAAAAUUUGAUGUGUUUGCUGAAAGCAGCGAAGGCUGCUUGCGUCUCGGGCUCCAUGGAGCGUACAAGUUUGUGCUGGCUCCUGUGGUACUCAAGUUGUGUCAAUUUGAAGAUGAAACAGAUGUAUCCGAAUGGCCUUACAAAUUUCUGCGGGACUUUGGACACUCAAAACAUUCAUUUUUCUUUAAUGCUGGGUCCAGAUGUCAGACUGGAGCAGGUUAUUUCAAUUUUCACACCACACAAGGUGAACAGAUUGUUCAGGCAAUUUCCGUGCUGACCCACCGAAUGUGUGAUGCUGAUGAUGACACAUCUUUGACCCCACCCUCUCAGGACAGCAUCACUCCUACAUCACCGUCCAGAACAAAAUUAUUGGUUGGGAAACAGAAGUCUGAUACCGUGUCCCCUCCAGCCCCACCCCCGAAAGUGAAUGUUGGCCAAUCCCACUCACACCCAAGUGAUGCCAACCAGCCAUCCAACAAGUUCAAGAAUGAACUGAGCAAAGCCAUCUUUCAGCAGGGUGGGGAGCAGAAAAGAGGCUCUGUUGACAGCUCUCUUUCCUCGGAUUCAACACAAAGUAGCAGUAAGACAGACAAAACAAAAUCUCAGCUGAAAAAAGAGCAGAAAAAUAUGAAAAAAGAAGCCAGGAAAGCUCAGAAAGAGGAAGAAAAGAUGAGAAAAAAACAGAAAGAGGAUGAGAGGCAAAGAAAGAAAGCAGAGAAAAGCAAACCGCCAGAGAAAAGCAAACUGCAAGAGAAAAGCAAACUGCAAGAGAAAAAGCCUGCGAAAACUGUGCCAGUUGAUACUUCCUCUGUCAACCUUUACAGCGAUGUCGAUUCUGCGUAUGCCACUGCUGAUAGUGUAGCUCAAGUGAACACUGAUGAGCACAACCUUGGCAUUCCCAACCAGCAGGAUGGCCAAGUGUACAGUGAACCUUGGGGAAGUCACCCCUUUCUGAAGCCAUAUCCCGUCAGUCAAGGUGCAGACUAUGAAGACGAUCCAGUGGACGCAGUGUAUGCCCAACCAGAGAAGAAGAACCCUAAGAAGGUGGCUAAUGGAAAGAACGCUCCUCACAGUGAGGAGGAUUAUGAGGACUUGGACUGCAAGUUUGCUGCACCGCCAUUGGUUCCUCCCAAACACUUUGAUGCUGGUGAUUCAGAUGGCGUGUAUGCACAUUUACAUCAGGCGCAGAUGCCUGCUCCUGCAGUGGAUAACGUGUAUGGCGUGGCCUCAGCUAUUGCUCUCCUCAACAAUGGGGAGAAUAAUGGAGGCGCUGGGUCUGUGUCCAGAGUGCAGCAAGGAUCAUACGAUUCCACAUAUGACACGGUAGACUGAACAUGUGCAGUGCACUAUGACUCAGGGUUUUUUACUCUGUCAUCACAGGAACACAAUCUCUUAUUUGAAAUCCUUUAAAUCAGAUACAUUUUCUUCUGUAAUCUGUUAAUUCAAGAGCGGCGCCCUUUUUUGUACUGCAGAUAAUUAAGUGGGGUUUUUUUCUGGAAUGACAAUGCGACUUGUGAGAAUCUUGUUCAUGCUCAAACCAGUCUUGCCUUGUCUAGUCUUGUUUUAGCUAUGCCUGUAAAAUUAAAGUAGCCAAAUAUGCAAUCAGAUCCUCCUAGUAUUCAUAUGGUGAGGUUAUUGAACACCAGUGAAUUGUAGAACUAAACACAGUUCAUUAAGGCUGUGAUGAUAAAUGAAGUCAGAUAAAGUUUGAUCCUAUUGAUUACUCAAAGUAGAGAAUUUGUCCAUAUCUCUACACUGCUAGGCUUUCUGGGAGGGGGAGAGAGAAAAAAGGUAUGUUGUUAACAUUCUCUGGUUCUUGAUUUGUGAUAAGUAUUGAUGUUGUUGUUUUUUUAAAAAUGAAAACUGUGAAAUCCCCAGAUAAAGGUAAACUGGGAUUUUUUUAUUUUUUUUUUAAUAAUUUUUUUUUGUUCCUGGUCAUUUAAAACUAGAAAAACCAAAAACAGUGUAGUUUAACUUUAACUUUAGCACUUUGUUCUAUUAGAUAUUAAUAUGAAUACAUUUUUUAAAAGUUUUUUUCACUAUAACACUCACUGACUAAAACUACUUAUCUGUACUUAAAGAUAAUAAAGACAAAUGUUUCAUUUUAUUUUCAGGGCAGUUUGAAAGAGGUUGUGUGUGUAAAAUUAGCUCAAUUUUGUAACUUUGAACUCCAUUUCGUUUCCUUAACACUUUGCCGCCACAUCUCGUCGAUCGGCGAUGUUUACCACCCAGUUUCUUUGGAUUUUCCCCAAAAUACCUUUGAAUUUGAUGGCAAGGGUUUUUACUAUAUGAGCCUUGAGCCUUGUGAUGGCAAAGUGUUAAGGCCAUGUGGAAAAAAAAUUUACAAAAAGUGCUGGUUAUUUGUGUCCAGAAAUGAGUUAUGGUGACCAUGGAUAAAUGCAAAGAUUGAAUGAUUGUGGGUAGUGUGAUUGUGAAGUAUUAUGCCAUCCUUUAUAUAUAUUGCUAACUGUAGUGGAGAAAUGUUUUGUUUGUCACACUGAGUGUUAUCAUUGUGUGGUCUUCAGUAUUCGGAAUAUAAACCCUUUUUCUAUUUUUCUUCUUUUUUUUUUUUGUUGCUAAAUUAUAAUCCCUUGAUUUAUAAACAUGCUCGUUAUAUCAAUGCCCUUUAAUGUUGUAUAUGACAUGAAGUUGUUUUUUUAAAUUCAUGGCUGUCGCUGUUUCUUCCGAGAGCUUCUUGUGUGCUAUUUGCACUGUCUUUGUUUAUUUUUCCACCUAUAUUGCUGUUUUAUUGCCGAAAACAAGUUGAGUGAGAGAAAAAGUUGGCAAUGUUAUUCUAGCAAAAUUGAUCACAUUGCAUGUACAAGGUUAUUAGAUAAUUUUUAAUCUGUUUACAUUGGCAUCAAAAGUUAUCAGUUUAUCUGAUAUUAUAUAUAUAUUCAUUUGUGAAAUGUUUCUUGCAGCGAGCUUGUCAGAUUGUGUGAUUGAUUGUUCAUGUGAUAACCAUAAAGCCUACCAGUUUGUUGGACAAUUGUUCUUGGAGUGAAACAUCACAUUGUAGUAGUAUUGUUCAUGGCUUCAAAAUUUCCCCUGAAAUUUGGCAAUUUGUAGCCCACGAGCUGAACCUGUUUAAGUCAAAUGAAUUCCAAAUGGUCAUAGCUAACUUGUUCAACUUUCCUGGAUGCACUGUAUUGGAUUAUUCUUAUAAUUUAAGAAUGUAUGCAGUACUCGGUUCAGCCCAUCUUACCCUUGCUGACAACCUUUCUAGCCUGUGCUUGUAGAGAUGGAUGCCUGCCCUUGCUUUUAUUUUACUGUAAAUGUACUUUUAAUAUAUUUUGUUGAUUGAUACUCUUUUAGUUUUAGUGAAUUUUGAGUGUUUUUGUAGAUUUUUUGGGUGGUUUUCUUUUCUUUUCUUUUUUUUUUUUUUUUGCAUGUCCCUUUUAAUAGAUGUUGAAGCAGCCAAAAUACAUGAAAUAUGAUCUAUGUAUUGUUUUGUUUUCUUUAACCCUCCAAGUGUCACUAACAAAUAGCCUGUGGUGUCAGGGAAAGUUAUACAAUUUUACCGUGUUAUGACGGAAAAUGAUCUUGAGAACAGGAAAAUCAAGCAAGUAAAGGUCAUAAACUGAUACAUUUGUAGAAAAGAGAACGUCAAUAGGAAAUACAGCUCAUUUGGGGUGAAAUAAGAAAUUUUUUCGGCAUUAAAAAAUUGGAUGAACAAACUAGAAUAGCAACUCAAAUUAUGGUUUAUUAGAUUGGCCGUGACACCACAAUGAAACUUACAGCCAAUUUUAUCAUUCAUCGACACUAGGAGGGUUAAGUAAUAGGUUUCCCGAAUUCAGAGAGAUACGUAAUAUCAACAUGUUUUGUGCUUCAUACUAUUCAUACUCUGGAUCAUCAACAGUCCUCAUAUUUGUGCAGAAGAUAAUUUGCAUAUCUGUUUGUUUUAUUACGAAGACUUACAAACCAUCAUUAUUGAUCUGAAGAUGUUUUUGUAUUUUUUUGUAUAACUGAUUGCCUGCCUCUUUUUUUUUCAGGCUUGAAGCCGAAAACACUGACUUAGAAUCUAGCAAAAUAUAGUUUGAGCUUACAAUUGAGAUGGCUGUUGAUUGUGUUUGUUGUUGGUUUUGUUUGAACUAAAUAGUAUUCUAUAUUUUUGUUACUAUCUUUAUUAUUGUUUGCGGUAAUGAAUUGUCUUGCAGAAUGCAAAGGAAGUUAUGUGUUAAAGCUUAUAAAUAUGUGUCCCACACCAGGUCUUGACUUUCUGAUCAGCCCAUUUCACUUUGUGUGAUUGAUAUUACAAUUUUUAAGAAAUGUGUACAGUGUAUUCAUACUUUUAAAAAAAUCCAUACCUCAAAUUUAAGAAUACUCUCUUCAUUAAACUUAAGACACUUUCUACAUAUGUUGAGGUAUGUAUUAAAUGUGAGAAGUUUACGGGAGCUUAUGGUGUCCUGUCCUUAUGAGCCAUGGGUAGAAAUGGAUUUUUCUGUUCUGACUAAUCUUAUAAGCCCUUAAAGCGUUGUCCAACAAAAACCAAAAAAAAACAAGAUUUCUUUGAGAGAUAUAUAUAGAUCUAGGUAAGACAAGCUUUUUUUAAAAAUUAAUUAAUUUUUUUUUUACAAUUUUAGAGGGAUUAAGGUUGCUGCCAAAAUUGAAUAAGACGUUUUCCAUUGUUUUUUCUUGUGGUAUAGUUGGUUGUCAUGCAAAAGUCAAUUGUAAAUGUCUUGUUUGUUUUAGUUGAGGUUUUAUGGCGCUCUCACUCCCGACUGCAUAAAGUCAUAUGAGCGCCAUGUAAAUGUCUGACUUGAUGUUUGUUUUGACUUAUGUGUUGCAAACAGGUACAGCUACUAUGAUAUUUAGUGGUAGCUUAGAUUUCCCAUCAUCCUGUUACAGAUACCAGGUUCCUUCCAAGUAAAAAUAAAGAACAGGGUACCAUAUUGUAUUUAUUCUCUUUAUGAAAUGUACAACUUAACAGUAUUUUAUGCCUUUCAGAAUCCUUUGAUUGUUCACAACAUUCUGACUCUUAACGCCCUUAAAUGUGGUCAUGCCAGACCUGAACAGCCUUGCAGUCAGUUCAUGACUGUUGGAGUUAUUGUAGUUAAAUUCCUGGUUCGUGAAAGGUUUCAGUGUCAAUGGUGUGUGAAGGGUGCCAGAGAUAGGUCUAACUUUAUACUCCUCUGUUUAAUAUUUUGUCUAUUGAUUUACUUUUACUGUUAUAAGAUAACCGUUGCUGUAGUGGCAUCGGUGGCCUUGUGGAUAGGCUACCUGAUCCGUAAUUGUGAGAUUGUGGGUUCAGGGGUUUGAGUGUCAGCUCAGUCCGACAUUGGGAAAGGCACUUAACAUGAAUUUCCCAUUUGGCUCGGUCCUGUCGGAGAUGAAUGUUAAACACGGAGGUUGCCGCUUCUUAAACGAUCUAAUAGUGUUGAUAAGGGUGUUAAACCUAUACCAUUUCACCAUUUCACCAUUUUCAUUGUUGAUGUUCGUGUAUGCUUUCUUUGAAAUUUCACAACUAUUGUUCAGUUCUGCAGUCUUCUGAUGAAAAAUGAGCUUCUACCACUUUUUAACUUUGCAUUUUCAAUGGUAUGAACACUGACAAGUGGACGUAUUGUUUCUGUUCUCGGAGCGAAAGAUAAGGAUAAGGGAAGGGGAGUAAAGAGUAGCAGCAUACAGCAUAAUUGUUUUGAGUAUAAGUUCUCGUAACUUCAUCAUGUACCUUCAAAUCUGACUUACUUGGAGCCUAUCAUAAAGUGAAUUUGCUUUCCAUGCUGUCUUUAGAGAUCACAACUUGUUUGUGUUAAUUUGUAUUUUAACUUUAAGUUCAUAUGUAAAAGACAAGAUCAUCUUACUUUUGAGACUUGGAAAUUUUAAUUUCAAAAGUGGAGCUGUCUCAUACAGUCGGGAGCGGAGGUCUGUUGUUUUGUUCCUAUCAUAUUUUUUUUUAUGUAGGCCAUUUUGUAUGGGCAUAUUUCACAGUGACAACAGCUUUUAUCUGAUCAUUCUUUUGUUUUGCAUCUCAAGAAUCUUUGGUUUAGUAAUGUACUUUUGGACUCUUGUGAAUGUUCAUGUGAUUACAUGAUCAAUUGUAUUCUAAGUUGUCCACAAAACUCGAUCUUAUUGCUGUCUUGUAUUUUUGUGAGAUAUUUCUCACUCACAGUUUUUGCUGAAUGUUAGUUCAGUUGAUGCACAAAAAA